AUUGUUUGCGGUUGACCUCUUCGUGCUGAAAAUCGUCGUAACGCGUCUACUAAUUGCAUCGCGCUCAAAUUGUUUACCACUUCGAGAUGUAUAGCUCUCGUUGUCAUGCAUGUUAUCAAAACAAUCCAUCUUUUAUUUUCUUUUGUUUCAGUUAUCGUACGGAAUGGUCCCGCCAAAUCAAUUCCCACAUGUUGAAAUGGGCGGCAAGGAUUUGUGCGUUGAUUUGGCAAAGAAGGGGAAUCCGGAUACAGCAGUCUCAAUAUCAUGGGCCUUGCAAGCGGCGAGUGGUUUCUGUUCGCCUAUGGCUGUGAUUUCAGGUUGAAAGCUGUAAUGGACAUUACGUCGAAACGUCGAUCGUCAGUCGAGGUGGUCUCAAAUGAAGAAAAUUUUCAACUGGAGUCUCGUCGGCUUGACUUCCUUUUGUACUGUCUCUUGUUUUUGUUGUGUUUCUCAUGUGCUUAUCUAUUUUUCAUCUUGUGAGAUACCUUCAAUGUUUGCACUUUGCAUAUCAAUAAAUCUCUUGCGAG